AUGGCGUACAAGGUCAACGGGGUGGGCCAGGAACAAGAAAGCAAUGAAUGGGUGAGUGGGCGUUCGAGGACCCUGGUCUGGGGCAGCCGGCAGGAACAGCAGCCAGCAGCAGUGGAGUGGAGUGGAGUGGCAGUACUAGUAGGAGUAUGGUACAGCAGCCAGCAGCAGAAGCAGCAUGAGAUGGGAUGGGAUGGUGUGGAUGGGUUACAGGACAGGACAGUAGUGUGCUUGGCUUGGGGCCGGGAUCCUGGUCUCUUCGUGUUCGACGCUACGUCCCAUCGAGAAGUGAUGGGGUUAUGGGUAUGGGACGGGCUAUCAUGGGUUACUGAGUGCGUGCAUGGCGAGGACUACGAAACAGUGAAGACUGAACUGGAUGUGAGAGUGACUGAAGUGAGUGACGAGAGCGAGAGUGAGGACAACUCUCAAGAGCUGGCUGGUACUGGUUGGGUGGGAUCGACCAACAGCAAGACCUCUCUAGGCGAGAGCAGCGAGUCAAGUCCCGUCAAGCAAACCAAACCAAAAACGAAGCCAGCAUUAUUCCAUCAUGUUCACACUACAAAAGCAGCGAACCCACCAUUCGGGUGUGCCCUCGACGAAUAAUUAUUUUGGC